AUGGCAUGCCUACACGAGACCCGCACGCCUUCCCCCUCCUUUGGCAGUUUCAACACUAUCUUGACAGAGAGUUCCCUCCGAAAGUUGGAUCCAGAUGCCUCGGACUGCACCCCUGAGAAGGACUUGACGCCCACACAGUGUGUGUUGCGAGACGUCUUGCCCAUAGAUGGGAGUGGAGGGGGAGGCAGUGGACACAGUCCCACCCCCAGCGAGGAGACCCACGAACAGUUUGCCAACAGUGUGCUACAGCUCCACGAGAAUGAAGCUGGUAGUGGCGGGGGAGGUGGAGCUGGCGCUGCAGGAGUGGGGAAUCCUGAAGUCCGGCCCACCCGCUACCAUGCUGACCAAGUACGGAUCCACUGCCAGACAGGAAGUGGCUUUCUGGAAGGGCUUUUUGGUUGCCUCAAACCUGUCUGGACCAUGAUUGGCAAAGCAUAUUCCACUGAACACAAACAGCAACAGGAAGACCCGUGGGAGGUACCCUUUGAAGAGAUCAUGGACUUGCAGUGGGUAGGCAGUGGGGCCCAAGGUGCUGUCUUCCUGGGACGCUUCCAUGGGGAGGAAGUUGCAGUCAAGAAGGUGCGAGUCCUCAAGGAGACGGAUAUCAAACAUUUGCGAAAGCUCAAGCAUCCCAACAUCAUCACUUUCAAGGGUGUGUGCACCCAGGCUCCCUGUUACUGCAUCAUCAUGGAAUUCUGUGCCCAGGGCCAACUCUAUGAGGUGCUACGUGCUGGACGCAAAGUUACCCCCUCGCUGUUGGUGGACUGGUCCAUGGGCAUCGCUGGUGGCAUGAACUACCUGCACUUGCAUAAGAUCAUCCACCGAGACCUGAAGUCACCCAACAUGCUGAUCACAUAUGAUGAUGUGGUGAAGAUCUCCGACUUUGGCACCUCCAAAGAGCUCAGUGACAAGAGCACCAAGAUGUCUUUUGCUGGCACCGUGGCCUGGAUGGCCCCUGAAGUGAUUCGGAAUGAGCCUGUUUCUGAGAAGGUUGACAUCUGGUCCUUUGGGGUCGUUCUCUGGGAGUUGCUGACUGGAGAGAUUCCCUACAAGGAUGUGGACUCCUCAGCCAUCAUCUGGGGAGUGGGCAGUAAUAGCCUCCAUCUACCUGUGCCUACCAGUUGCCCAGAUGGCUUCAAGAUCCUCCUGAGGCAGUGCUGGAAUAGCAAACCUCGGAAUCGUCCAUCCUUCCGGCAGAUCCUACUGCACCUUGAUAUUGCCUCUGCUGAUGUGCUGUCCACACCGCAAGAAACCUACUUCAAAUCCCAGGCCGAAUGGCGAGAAGAAGUGAAGCUCCAUUUUGAAAAGAUCAAAUCAGAGGGGACAUGUCUACACCGUUUGGAAGAGGAGUUGAUUCACCGACGGCGAGAAGAGCUCAGGCAUGCCCUGGAUAUCCGGGAGCACUACGAACGUAAACUGGAACGGGCCAACAACCUUUAUAUGGAGCUCAAUUCCCUUAUGUUGCAGUUGGAGCUGAAGGAGAAAGAGCUGCUUCGGCGAGAGCAAGCGUUAGAGAAGAAAUACCCUGGACUUUUUAAGCACCAUCCAUCCCGCAGUCUCCUACAUGGCAACACAGUGGAGAAGCUGAUCAAGAAGAGGAAUGUGCCACAAAAGCUCUCUCCACACAGCAAAAGGCCAGACAUUCUAAAGACAGAGGUCAUCCUGGACCCCAGCCUGCCUCAGCUCGCCAUCCCCGUGUGCCAGAAAGGGCCCCCGUCCCCCGGGCGCAGCCGCCGUGCUAAGUCACGCUACCGUAAGGUCAGCACACGGGGCAGCUGUGGGGAGCUGGCCGAUCCCGGAGGAGCCAAGCGCCUGGAACCCUGCACGGCCCUCCGAGGGCUCCAGCAUGACCUGCUGCUGCGCAAGAUGUCGUCUUCCAGCCCUGACCUCAUUUCCACCACGUUGGGAGCCGAGGGCCGCAAGGGGGCGGCGGGGCCAGAAUCCCCACCAGCAGAGCAACCUCGCAGCGAGACGCCCAGCGAAGACACUGCCUCGGUGCCUUGUUCCAGCAGCCCCGACUCACCCUCUUCUCGACAGGGGGCGGUGGGGCCGCCAGGGAAGGCAAGGCUGCAGCCCGGAGAAGACGCAGAACGGGAACAGGGCAAGGGCAGCCGCUCAGGGGCCCCACAGCAGCCUCAGCACCUCACACCAGCAGCUAUGUUGUACCGGGCGGCUGUUACCCGCAGCCAGAAACGUGGUAUCUCCUCAGAGGAAGAAGAGGGCGAAGUGGACAGUGAAGUUGAGCUCCCUCUCCGGCAAAGGUGGCCUCAGGCUAGGAGCAAACGGCAAUCUCUCUCCACCUUCAGCUCCGAGAAUUUCUCAGAUGGUGAUGGUGAGGAGGGCACUGGCAGUGAGGGCACCACAGCUUCCCACAGUGGCGGCACCCCUGAUGUGCCCAGUACCAAUACAGACGAACGCCUGGAUGCUGAGCGCUCAGACGACGACAUUCUGGGGAACUCUGAUGGGUUGUCUGAAAAGGAAGCCGCCAUUCAGCUUGUGAAACGGCAGCUCAGUGCUGAGCAGAAUGCUGGAGAGGAUCCUGCAGCCUAUGAAGACUCGGACUGCGAUAGUGCCGAACUGGACAAUUCAGGCAGUGGGGAAGUGCAGAGACUUCCAGACGUACCGAAUUUGUGA